CAUUGGAGUCCAGCCCAGCAGAGUAGAGAAGACAGUGGUACUGGUCUCUCCCAUUUUCCGUUCAAAAGAUGGGUCAAAAAGACACCAAGAAAGAAGAUCUACAGUGAGAAACACUUGAGAGAGAGAGAAACAUCUCACACCCCCAUUUUUCUCCUCCUUUAGUACUGAAAAGGUCCUCGACAUCAUCUUUAUAUUGAGAGAGAGAGAGAGAGAGAGUAGUAGUAGUGUGGACAGUGUAGUGGUGUUAAAGGGUAAUGGCUGGGUAUAAGGCUGAAGAUGACUAUGACUACCUCUUCAAGGUGGUUCUGAUUGGAGACUCGGGUGUUGGCAAGUCGAACUUGCUUUCAAGGUUCACUAGGAACGAGUUCAGUCUCGAGUCCAAGUCUACAAUUGGUGUUGAGUUCGCUACUAGAAGCUUGAAUGUUGAUGGGAAAGUCAUCAAGGCUCAGAUUUGGGACACUGCUGGUCAAGAGAGAGAUAACUGCCGGGAUUGCAUUAGUGGAAUGAUUGGAAUGUGGGCCACAUUGGGUCAGGAGUGGCAAUGUGAUGCUGGUGCACUGUUGGUGGUGACAGUGGGAUCAGAACAUACGCACUUAGGGCUAGUUUUAGUGAGGUACCGUGCCAUCACUAGUGCUUACUACCGAGGUGCUGUGGGAGCACUGCUUGUGUAUGAUGUCACCCGGCAUUCCACAUUUGAAAGUGUUGAAAGGUGGUUAAGGGAGUUGAGAGAUCACACGGAUCCUAAUAUUGUGGUCAUGCUCAUUGGUAACAAAUCAGAUCUCCGACACCUUGUUGCUGUAUCAACCGAGGAUGGGAAAUCCUUUGCUGAGAGAGAGUCUCUCUUCUUCAUGGAAACUUCCGCAUUAGAUGCUACUAAUGUGGACAAUGCAUUUGCUGAAGUUCUUACUCAGAUCUACCACAUUGUGAGCAAGAAGGCCAUGGAGACCAGUGAAAAUGGAGCUGCUUCAGCUGUUGUUCCACCCAAAGGAGAGAAAAUUGAUGUUGGUAAAGAUGUUUCUGCUAUGAAGAGAGUUGGGUGCUGCUCAACGUACCGUGCCAUCACUAGUGCUUACUACCGAGGUGCUGUGGGAGCACUGCUUGUGUAUGAUGUCACCCGGCAUUCCACAUUUGAAAGUGUUGAAAGGUGGUUAAGGGAGUUGAGAGAUCACACGGAUCCUAAUAUUGUGGUCAUGCUCAUUGGUAACAAAUCAGAUCUCCGACACCUUGUUGCUGUAUCAACCGAGGAUGGGAAAUCCUUUGCUGAGAGAGAGUCUCUCUUCUUCAUGGAAACUUCCGCAUUAGAUGCUACUAAUGUGGACAAUGCAUUUGCUGAAGUUCUUACUCAGAUCUACCACAUUGUGAGCAAGAAGGCCAUGGAGACCAGUGAAAAUGGAGCUGCUUCAGCUGUUGUUCCACCCAAAGGAGAGAAAAUUGAUGUUGGUAAAGAUGUUUCUGCUAUGAAGAGAGUUGGGUGCUGCUCAACGUAG